CUUCCUCUCUCUGUCACGGAUUCAACCACCCCCAAAAAAAUCAACACACAACGAGGAGUUUUUUUUACAUAAGGCAUGCGUACGGCGAGAAUCUUGAAGUUUCGUGUGGCAGCCCGGCGGUUGGCAUAUGCCCGACCCGUGGCUUUCCACCUGCGCCCUAUUCUUCCAGCAAGACUGUUUCAUACGUCGAGAAUUCUUCUUAAAGCUCAGCCGCCACUCAACGCCGAUGAAAUCGAGAAGAAGAAGAAAUUCGGAGAGAUAGUCGCUUUGAGGACGCGUGGGCAGCUUAUUAUUGACGUUCAUGGAGAUCCCUAUAUGAUCACAAAAAACGGUCCCACUUUGGAGGGAGCUCGGCAAUACAACAAAACCUUUACUUUCUUGCAAGACCGCUUUUUGGCCGAGUACGACAAGUAUUGCAAAAGCCGUGUUUUCGAAGAAAGUCUACAGGAAACCGUGGCAGCAGAUUUUGCCCGCCAGUUUCCCGACUUGGAGCCCAUCACAGGCGAGCAGGUGGAACACUUUUUCGCUCUCUGCUUCAACAUUGCAAAAUCAAAUACGUCUGCAUUGGAGUUCAAGUUCACAGAGCAUGGCAUGCGUGAAAUCUUCGAUGCAGCAUUCGGGGAUGAUAACUACGAAAUGUGCGUGGAGAAGUACGGCUAUGAGGUGGUGCAUUUAUGGAAGAAGACUUUGCAUGCAAUGGAAAACUUGGAAUAUGAAAGUCAAGUCAAGGUAAACCCAACCGACCCGUCCUCGGCGAUCUUGGCAGCGAAGGAAGAACCAGAAAUACUCGAGAAGUCUGAACAGUCCAAAAAACCGGAAGUCUCGGGGAAGUCCGAAACCGCGGAACAGAUCUCAGACAACUCUGGAACCACUAAGAACGCCCAAAGCUCCGAGAAGUCCGAACCCUCCGAGAAGUCCGAACCCUCCGAGAAGUCCGAACCCUCCGAGAAGCCCCGUUCUUCCAGGGCCAAAAAGCAAUCGCCAAAGAAAGACGACAACGUCAAGUUUUUUGACAUAGAGUUCACCGGCCAACAAGCGCGCCUAUUCGUGAUGGGCGCGGUGGGUGGUCUUUUGCUCUUCAUGGUGUGGAGCAACCAGGAGAAUAAAAACCAAAUCACGUUCCAGGAGUUCACCGCAGACUUCUUGCGCAAGAAUCUCGUGAAGAAAAUCCGCGUGGUCAACAACAAGACUGCCAUUCUUGAGUUGAACGACAUGGGCCGCUCCGCCCACGCUAAUGCCAGAGAAUUCUACUUCACCAUCGGAAACGUGGAGUCCUUCGAGCGCAACUUGCGGGCCGUGCAAGACGAGUACAAGUUCCCCGACGAAUUGAGGUUGCCUGUCGUAUACGUGUCUGAGGGAAGCACCGCCAAGGUAUUGGUCAACUUCAUUCCGACGCUCUUGUUCCUCGGCGCCAUCUACUACAUGACCAAAAAGGCAGGUAUGGGCGGCAUGGGCGGCCCGCUCGGAUUCGGCAAAUCCACCGCCAAAAAGUUCAACCAGGAAAAGGACAUUAAGGUCAAGUUCAAGGACGUUGCCGGCAUGAACGAGGCCAAGGACGAAGUCAUGGAGUUUGUCAAGUUCUUGCAGAACCCUGGCAAAUACGAGAAGCUCGGUGCCAAGAUUCCUAGAGGAGCCAUCUUGUCUGGUCCCCCGGGCACGGGUAAAACGCUCAUCGCAAAGGCCACUGCCGGCGAGGCAGGGGUGCCCUUCUACUCCGUGUCUGGCUCUGAGUUUGUUGAAAUGUUUGUGGGAGUGGGUGCCUCGCGUGUGCGUGAUCUUUUCAAGACGGCACGUGAGAACGCACCGCUGAUUGUUUUCGUGGACGAGAUCGAUGCCAUUGGAAAACAAAGAUCCAAGGGCAAUGCCAGCGGCGCCAAUGACGAGCGUGAAACGACGUUGAACCAGUUGUUGGUGGAGAUGGACGGGUUUGACACGUCGGACCACGUGGUGGUCUUGGCUGGUACCAACAGAGCGGACAUUUUGGACAAGGCCUUGAUGAGGCCUGGAAGAUUCGACCGGCACAUUUCCAUCGACAACCCCGAGUUGCAAGGAAGAAAGGAGAUAUUCGACGUGCACUUGAAGAAAAUCAAGUUGAUUGACUCGAUCGACAAAGACUUGUCGGGCCGCUUGGCCGCGUUGACGCCCGGCUUUUCCGGCGCGGACAUUGCAAACGUCUGUAACGAGGCAGCACUCAUUGCCGCGCGAUUCAACGCCAAGUCGGUUUCUUUGAGGCACUUUGAGUUGGCUAUCGAGAGGGUGAUUGGUGGUAUCGAGAAGAAGUCCAAGUUGCUUUCUCCCGAGGAAAAGAAGAUUGUUGCCUACCACGAAGCAGGCCACGCCGUGUGUGGCUGGUUCUUGAGACAUGCACACCCGUUGCUCAAGGUAUCGAUCAUUCCACGUGGCCAAGGCGCCUUGGGCUAUGCUCAGUACUUGCCUCCUGACCAGUACCUCAUGAGCGCCGCCCAACUCUACGACCGCAUGAUCAUGACUUUGGGCGGGAGAGUGUCGGAGGAGAUCAACUUCUCGUCCGUGACCAGUGGUGCAUACGACGACUUCAAGAAGGUCACCAACAUUGCCCAGUCCAUGGUGAUGAGGUUCGGCAUGUCGCCGAAAGUGGGCAUGGUCAAUUACGCAGACACCCAGGGCCAAGACUCGUUGACCAAGCCGUUCAGUGACGAGACCAACAACGUCAUUGAUGAGGAGGUCAAGAGAAUUGUGACUGACUGCCGCGACAAGUGCAAGGCCUUGUUGACCGAGAAGUCCGACGCGGUGGAACUCGUUGCGCAGGAAUUGUUGAAGAAGGAGUUUAUCACGCGCGAGGACAUGAUUCGCUUGUUGGGAAAGAGACCAUUCCCCGAAACCAACGAUGCGUUUGACAAGUACCUCGACGGCAAGGACGCCUUCAAGAAUGAGGAUGUUGUCGAGGACAAGAAGGAGCAGAGCGAGUAGCCAAGCCGACAACCGUGUACAUAGACCCAAGAUUAAUGACCAAGCAAAUCAAGAGGAAUGGAUGUAGAGAUUGCAGGAUUGGGGUGGGGUUGUCGACCCUCGGCCUUUUAGGUGUUUAAGGCACAACCACAAGAGGCAUGAGCAAGGGUAAAGGGACACGGGACGGCUUUGGGCCAGCGAAAACCACCCAGUAGCAACGGGAAAUGCCCAGAUUUACCGUAUAAUUAUUAUGACAAUUAGUUUU